UCAGCUAUUCUCACUUCAGCGUGGAUACAAUACGUGGCGCGUGGACGCGGCGCAGAAACGUGCUGUUCCUUAAAGAUGUGUCUCCACGCAGACCUCCUCCUCCUUCCACGCUGCCACCUCACUCAGUCGGAGCGGGAGCUGGAGGGAAGAGCAGAGCGGACGAGGUGGAAGGAGUGUCUAAAUAGAAAGCACCGAGGCUUUUUUUACUUUAUUUUGGUGGCCGAUGGCGCCGAUGUGGACGAUGGCGCUGAUGUCGAAGAUGUGGUCCGUGAAAGUGCUCGGCCUCGGCGUUCUGGUCGUCCCGCUCAGUCUGGAGCUGCUCGGCUGGAUCUUCAAACGCUGCAGGUCCAAACGAAUCCUCAACGAGGUUCUGUUCUUCCCCUCGGAGCUGGCCUGCGUGGAGCACGUCUUCACCCCCACUGGAGUUCCGCCCUGCGUCUGCCCGCUGCCUCACGGCCUGGAGACGUCCUUCUCCCGGCUGCUCCGCCACAUCCUGUCGGCGUCCUCGUCCCUGGACCUGUGCGUCUUCUCCUUCUCCAACCCCCACCUGAGCCGGGCGGUGCUGCUGCUGCACGGCCGGGGCGUCAACGUCCGGGUCCUCACCGACAAGGACUACGCCGAGAUCACCGGCUCCAAGAUCGGCGCGCUGCGCAUGGCCGGGAUCUGCGUCCGCUCCGACUCCACCUACGUCCACAUGCAUCACAAGUUUGCGGUUCUGGACGGCCGGCGUCUCGUCACCGGCUCCCUGAACUGGACCAUGGGGGCCGUGCAGAGCAACAAGGAGAACGUGCUGGUGACGGACGAGCCGGGCCUGGUACGGCCCUUCCUGGACGAGUUCCUGGAGCUGUGGGCCCGCAACGACCCGGUACAACUCCGCCAGAACCAGCAGAACCACUGGAACCACCGGAACCACCGGAACCAGUGACCCGGCACGACUCCGCCGGAACACUGCAAAAACUCAAAAUCAAGAACAAGAAUAUUUGUCUUAUUUCUAGUUAAAAUGUCAUUUUUAGUCAAAAAAAAUCUCAUUACACUUAAAACAAGACUCAUC